UAUCGUUUUGAGUAAAAUGCACUUUUUCUCCUCAUCGCCAGGUGCCGCUGCUGUUGUAUGUGAGGUCUGACAUCAUCAGGGCAGGAUGACUGUGUUCAACCUGUAUAUAUUUGACCGCAAUGGGACCUGUCUUCACUACAGCGAGUGGAACAGGAAGAAACAACCCGGCAUGUCCAGGGAAGAGGAAUUCAAGUUAAUGUAUGGAAUGCUGUUUUCCAUCAAGUCCUUCAUCAGCAGACUGUCACCUACAGACUAUAAGGAUGGUUUCCUGAAUUACCAGACCAACAAAUACAAACUGCAUUUCUACGAGACGCCCAGUGGGCUGAAGUUUGUGAUGAACACAGACCUGGCAGCAGGGAACAUGAGAGAAACACUACAUCAGAUCUACAGCAGUAUCUAUGUGGAGUAUGUAGUGAAGAACCCUCUGUAUGAACUGGGACAGCCCAUAGAGAGUGAGCUGUUCAAGGCCAAGUUGGACAACUUUGUCAGAGGACUGCCUAUGUUUGCCACAAAGUCUUCAUGAUGUUAAAACAAUGUUUAAUCAGUGGUUAUAUCAAUAUUAAUGAUUUGUAUUGCUACCCCUACGGCCGAUAAGGCUUUGGGACUGGUGAGUUAAUAUUGAUAUGCUGUCACAAUAUUGAACAUUCCUACAGCAUUGUCAUACAUAAUUAUAACAUAUCCAAACUGGUUUCUGUCAGACAGCAUUAUGACCUCGGUGUAUGGAGAUAUUGCGUUCAUUUGUCUAUGUUACUAUGUUAAAUGUAUUUCCAUAUUCUAGGCAUGUCUCACCACAGCAUGUGAGGUAGUAAAGAACAAACUGGUCUCACCCCAGACCGACAGGAACUGAAGGUUGUAACAGGCAGUGUAGUUUAGAGCUGGCAGGAUUAGUAAUUUAUUAACCUUUCUGACAUAAGAACUUGGUAAACAUGAACCGUCUUGGGGGAAGAAAACAAGGCUCAAAUAUGUUGUAAUUGUUAUCUGCAUCCUUGUGUAUUUUUAAUCUAACUAAUGGGGUAUCUGUUUAUGCAUCAUCAAGUUCUUUUAUACUUGUUCUAUACAUGCAAAUGUACAGUACUUGUCUUUGUCCUUGUGAACAACUAUGCUAUUGGUCACAAACAAGACUACCCAUGUAAUGAUAAGGCAUUUUCAAUCUGUAUGUGUAUAUGUAAUGUUAUAUGUAUACUUUUCUUUGUGUAUAAAGAAGUCUCCAUAACAAUAAAUUGAAGGUUGAUGAUGUUCAGUUGUUCA